UCAAUUGGCUGUCUUCCUCGCUGUCGGGUCAGAGACAUCAACAAGAAGAACAACUCCGAAGCGUGUCUGAAUGCUUCCGCUCUUCGUCUCCUCCUUCCCCACGUAAUUCCCCCAAAAUCCACUCUUGCUAGUGUCCGAUCAUGAACUUCCCUCUCCUCUAAACAUUUCCCUCUCUCUCUCUCUCUCUCUAGUUUCUCUGAUCGGCGACGGAGAAGACCAACUCCGACGCCGGAAUGUCUGUCUCCGAGAUCAAAGAGCGCCACGCCGUCGCAACAGAGACCGUUAAUAACCUCCGUGAGAGACUUAUACAGAGACGCCUCCAGCUGCUCGACACGGAUGUUUUGACAGUGGCCAAUUACACGGCGGCGCAAGGUCGUUCUCCGGUGAAAUUCGGAGCGACGGAUUUAGUUUGUUGCCGUACUCUUCAAGGACACACGGGGAAGGUCCAUUCACUGGACUGGACGCGGGAGAGUAACCGUGUUGUCAGUGCAUCUCAAGACGGUAGAUUAAUCGUGUGGAACGCUCUAACGAGUCAGAAAACUCAUGCAAUCAAACUCCCUUGUGCAUGGGUUAUGACAUGUGCCUUCUCUCCCAAUGGUCAGACCGUUGCGUGCGGUGGGUUGUUGGACAGUGUUUGUUCUAUCUUCAGUCUUAGCUCGACGACCGCUGACAAGGACGGAACUGUGCCUGUUUCGAGAAUGCUCAGUGGACACAAAGGGUACGUUUCGUGCUGUCGGUAUGUACCAAAUGAGGAUGCUCAUCUGAUUACCAGCUCAGGUGAUCAGACAUGUGUCUUGUGGGAUGUUGCUACUGGUCUUAAAACUUCUGUCUUUGGCGGCGAGUUUCAGUCUGGACAUACUGCUGAUGUACUAAGUGUCUCAAUCAGCGAAUCAGACCCAACUCGGUUCAUAUCUGGCUCGUGUGAUACCACUGCACGCUUGUGGGACACUCGCGCUGCAGGCAGAGCAGUGCAGACGUUUCAUGGGCACAAAGGAGAUGUUAAUACUGUCAAGUUCCUUCCGGACGGGUAUAGGUUUGGGACUGGAUCAGAAGAUGGAACGUGCAGGUUGUAUGACAUUAGGACUGGUCAUCAACUCCAGGUGUAUCAGCCACAAGGUGGUGACGAGAACCUACCUGUGACCUCCAUCGCAUUCUCUGCCUCGGGGAGGCUUCUUUUCACUGGCUACGCGAGUAACAACACCUGCUACGUUUGGGAUACUCUCUUGGGAGAGGUUGUAUUGGAUUUGGGGGAGUUGCAGGAUUCACACAAGAAUCGGAUAAGCUGUUUGGGGAUGUCAGCAGAUGGAAGUGCCUUGUGUACAGGAAGUUGGGAUUCAAAUCUAAAGAUAUGGGCGUUUGGAGGGCACAGGAGAGUGAUCUGAAGAAGGCAAAACAAACCUAAAGAGUCCUGUCUCAGCUCUAUCUCCAGUUCUUGUGGUUUUAGUUAAUAUAAUCUGUAGCCUGGAAGCAAACCCAAGGUGUUUUUGCUUUGAUAUAGUGGAGUUGUGUUAGAGAGGAUCAUAUUUCCUUUGUUUCUAGUGUUGUUUUGUUUUAUUGAUUCAUCAUUUGGGUCAA